AUGAUACGCACGGCAUCAUACGGCAGUACCUCCGCGUUUCCUGUAUCCGGUAUGCCCCUUGGUUUCCUGGACCAUCCGCUUCAGCUCUCGGGUUUCCGGUACUCCAGAACCGAGAUGCGCAGUUACAUGAAGCGAACCCCCAGCGAAUCAGAAAGCAGUAGGGCCCGCCUGACCGGCAAAUCGUUGGAAAAGUUAAUCAUCACUGGCUUACUACUUGGUCGUCGAUCAGGCCAUGCAGGACUGCAGGACAGGAGGCUGGACAUGAGAAGGGCAGACAAGGCGAUCGAUCCUAGCCGACUCGCUCCUUAA